AUGGAGGCAUUAGUAAACAACCGCACGUCGUCAUUUUUAGUUUCUCCAUCCAUAGCAGAAUACUUUGGCCCUCUUAAGAUCACUCUGCUGACCUCCGUUAUCCUCCUUCUCAUCACGACCCGACUCAUCACAGGCCAUACCAGCCACAGGACAGCCAUCCACCGCGUUGAAUCCGAUGGCGCUCGUCAUCCGGAACCAGUCCCUUACUGGAUCCCAUACUUGGGUCACAUCCCCAACUUCAUACUUUCCGGCGGCAAGUUCCUCCCAUCCCUCCGGGACAAGUAUCCGUCGGGCGCCGUUACAAUCAAGAUCCUCGGCACCAAGCACGUCUUCAUCUUCCGCCACAGCCUAGGUACCUCUCUCCUGUCGAAGCCGGACUCGAUUGCCGGUGGCGAGUGGCUGCGCCUUCGCAUCUUGUCAAAGGCGUUUGAAUAUCCCCAGGCCGAACUUCCAGACUACCUGGAGGUGGCAUCGGAAUGGCACGAUAUUUUCGCAAAACUGGUUUCAGGCUCUGGCCUUGACCAACUCGUCUCACGCACGUCGAAGAACCUCACUGCCAACAUCAAUCGAUUCGUGACAUUUCAUGCAGAUGAAGUAGAGCAAUCGCCAUGGGAGCAGACAGCCAAAACACGGCUUCUCUCCAGCUCACAUCCGCCUACAGUCUCAACCUCCCUGUCUGACCUGGUUCGCCUGUUCGUCAGCCACACCGCCAACGAAAGCCUCGUCGGCGCGGACUUCAUAGAAAAUUUCCCCCACUUUUGGGACCAGCUUUGGGAGUUCAAUGAGACCUGGCAGCUUCUCGUACUCGGGCUGCCGCCGUGGGUAGGUUACAUAUGGCCGAAGCUUGCGCGUGCGAUGCGUGCGCAGUCGGAAAUGCUCCAAAGCGUGAGAGAAUUCCAUGUCGCGUUGGACGACUACUUCCACGGAGUGGACCCGGGACCGCGGUGGACGCGGCUUGGGGGCGAUGAGAACGGCAAUGGCGGUGUGAGCGAGCUCAUCUGGGCCAGAAUGCCUCUCUAUCUCAAGCGUGGAUGGUCGAUUGAUGCGAGGGCGUCAAACGAGCUGGGAUUGAUUUGGGCCAUGAACAUUAAUGGAAACAUGCUCAUCUUCUGGAUGCUUUAUCGAAUAGCAUCCGACCCAUCACUCCAAGCGAAGAUACGAUGCGAAGUCGCAAAGUUUGUGGACCUCCCAACGGAAACCCCUGAUCAUGGCCCCACCCAGUCUGAAAGCACCAGCAUCAACAUUGAAGGCCUCAUGUCCCAAUGCCCCCUUCUCAAAGCGAGCUACAUCGAAUCGCUGCGGAUCGACUCAAGCAUGUGGACCUUCAAAAAGGCGAAGUCGAGCUUCAUAGUGACAGCACGGGAGAGCAAAGGCACGGUGGAAGAACGGUUUCGAAUCCCACAAGGCGCGUACGCAUACUUGGCCGAGGAGUUGAUCUCCAUGGAUCCCAAUCUAUUCCCGGAGCCGACACGGUGGAGGCCUCAACGACAUAUCGUGCUUGAUGACAGGGGAAAUGAAGGGAAAGUGCCAGUUGCUCGAUUGGGCAACAUGAGACCUUACGGCAAGAUAUUUGAUUCAUAUGGCUUGAACAUUUGGCUGAAACUUGCUGUUCAAUAG